AAAAAAGCUUGCGCGUGAGAGGUUUUCUUGCCUUGCAUUUCAGUAGUAAGAGGGGAUCGUGAUCAGUGCGACGCUGUUUGUUAUAUAAACCCUUCUACCCCAGUAGGUCUUGUUGAGUACCAACGAUCAUCAACCACUACAGAUCUUCCCGGAGCUACCUCUUAUUAUCAACGCUACCCCAGAUUCCCAUCGACGACAGUCGCCACUUGACUUGAUCCCAACAUCCAAACAACCAACCAACCUCACUACCAAACAAUCAAAAUGGUCAACUUCCACAUCAGCGAGCCUCACCCAUCCGCCGGUGCCUACAUGUACUCUGGCCGCGGCGGUGCCGGCAAUGCUAUGCGCAUCAAGCCCACCGAGGUCACCCCCGGCCCCACAGCCUCAGGUCCUGCUUCGCGCACUAAGCUGCCUCCCCCACCCAGCAACGCCUUCUACGCCACCGGUCGUGGCGGUGCUGGCAACAUGAAGAAGUCUGAGCGCGCCAUCUUCAGCUUCGACGAGGAACUCCAACAGCAAGAACGUCUCCGCACUCAACAAGCACCCGUCUACCACAUCGGUCGCGGCGGUGCCGGCAACCUCGUCGACGAGAUGAAGCCCCGAUCCCAACGCCAAAACUCCGCCUCCUCCACCUCCAGCUCCUCGAGCGUAGAGAGCGAGAAGGACGGCGUCCGCCGCAGCAUGGAGCACGCAUGGCAGCGCCUGAGCAGGCAAUUCUCUCACCAAUAAGAGAGUUACCGCCGCCUCAUCUUGCGCUCAACCUUCACUUCUUGCAUACCCAUCUUCAACAUGAGAGCUGGUUCUGAAUCUCUCGUCAUCUUCCAUCCCAGCAUUUCCAUCAGCACGGCGUUUCCAUGGAGGUCUACCAUCUCCCAUUGUACAAUCACC